AUGCUCGCUCACGAGCCAGGAUACGCUCGACGAUUCAUCACGGGGACGCUCACGGACGCGGAGGUCAGGCGGAUAGGGUUCGGCGAUGUCGCGAGGACGGACGUGCUCAUUCGGCGCACGUUGUGGGAGGUAGCGGGCACGCUGCUCACGGCGCGGCGCGCGCUGACGUACGGCAUGGCGACGAACACCGCGGGCGGCACGCACCACGCUCUGCCGGACGCGGGCUCGGGGUUCUGCCUCAUCAACGACAUGGCAAUCACCGCCAGGACGCUGCUCCGGGAGGGCGCGGUGGCGCGGGUGUUGGUGCUGGACCUGGACGUGCACCAGGGCGACGGGACGGCGGCCAUCUUCGAGGGCGACGACUCCGUCGCGACGGUCAGCUUCCACGCCGCCAGCAACUUCCCCGCGCGCAAACAGAAGUCGGACAUCGACGUCGCGCUGCCGGACAACGCGGACGACCGCACGUACCUGGGCGAGCUCGCGAGGGUGCUGCCGACCGCGCUCGAACACUACCAGCCCGACCUCGUCCUGUACGACGCAGGGGUCGACUUGCACCAGGACGAUAGGCUGGGACGGCUUUCGGUGUCGUGCGAGGGCAUCAGUCGGCGGGACGCGAUGGUGUUUGAUGAGUGCGCGGCGCGUGGGGUGCCGUGCGCGGGCCUCGUGGGGGGGGGGUAUCAUCCGGACCUGUCGGUCCUCGCGGAGCGGCACGCGCGGAUGCACGAAGCAGCGGCGGAGGUGUGGCAGGGCUGCGGGUUCGGGGCGCCGUUGGACAGUGCCCCGGAGGCGUGUGUGGCGGCGCUGCCUGCGCCGGGGGAGGGCAUGGAGGCGGCGUUCGCGGAGGCCGGCGUGGUGUGGGCGAGACGCGACCAGGAGGGAGCUGCGGCAUAG